GUUGCUCACCUAGUUGUUAAAACAAAAAGCAAGAAAAUAUUGUGCAGUGUAUACAAAAGACAAGUGAAGAAGAAAAACGAACAAAAUUGGAAGAAGACAUUUUUCUUUCAAUUCGGUAAUUUAACAGUAAAUAAUUGCAAUUAAUUAUAUAUUUUUUAACUAGCAAAAGAAUUCUAAAAUAAUGAAAAUAUAGAAAUAUAAGAAAAUAAAUCAAAUAUUUUGUUGACAAAAUAUUUAAACAAAUAAAACUGAAAUGAAAGAUUAAACCUGCCUGCAACAUACAAGGAAGCGUAUUAAAGCAAAAGAAAACAGUUUAACUUUGCCAAUAUAAGUGCAGCUGCUGAUUAAUUAUUUAUAUAUAAAUAUAAUUAAUAUAUUUAACAACGUCAUUUUCUAACUAAAACGUAUAAAAAACGAGAAAAUUUUAAGCAAUUUAUAGCAGAAAGUGAAAAAAAAAACGGAAUUUGUGCAGAGGGCAAAAGUUACACUUAAACACUCCAUUACCACUAAGUGGUUUGGUUGGUUGGUUGAUUGUUGUCUGAAGCAAACAAAUUUCCCUGGAAUCCUUCCUUGUUGGAAUUUACUGCUUCCUUUCUAUCCCAUCUACUGUUUUACAUAUAUUUUUUUACGUUUGUUAACCUGUUUGCCUAGAGUGGAUAUGAAUUGUACAUUGACAAGAUGGGGAGAGUUACCAUCAUUGGUAUUGGGCCAGAUUUACGAAUAUUUAGAACCUCAUGAUCGCCUUAAUGCCAGUCAAACGUGCAGACAUUGGCGCAGCGUUUUAUUUCAAAAGAGAUUUUUCCUUAAUUCUAAAUUUAAACUACAUAUUGACAACGAUCGUCAGUGCAAAUUCUUUCGCCAUACUUUAUACAAUCUGACGAACGAGCUAAUUAUUAUUUUCGAUUUCAUAAAUGUUUUCCAUAUUGAAAAAAUACGACGCAUCUUAUACAAAGUUGCACGAUGUGAUAGUUUACAAGGUUUACGUUUUCAAACAAACAAUGUGGGUCUAACACCACCCGGUGAUAUAAGUGAAGAGAGUCUAGUCGAUAUUGAACAACUCUUUGUUGAACCAUUAAAAAUAUUUUUAAAUCGCAAGAAAACCGCCUGUAAAAUAUUGGACUUAGGUGCAAUUGAAGCUUUAACUUAUUAUGGUUUAGAUUUCCUAAAAUCUUUGAGCCGGCCUCAAGAAUUAAACGAACUAACAUUGGCCUCCAUCAAAUACGAUCCUAGUCAUUAUCCCAUGUUCGCCAUGGAGAAUACACUAUUGCAAAAAUGUUCAUCGCUACAAGUACUUUCGCUCGAUUACGAUACGCUCAACGAAGAACUGUUGCAUACAUUAAAAGUUUUACCGCUGAAGAAAUUUUUAAUAUGUGUUCACGGUUUGGAUCGUCAUCAUCCUGGUAUAUCGGAGAGAGCAUGGUCGGAAUUUUCAGCAAAUUUUAAUAAUAUCGAUUUGAUUGUAACGCUGAUUUAUGCCUUCGAAGCUGUUGAAGUCUUGCAAAUGCGUAUCUUAAGACAAAAUAUGCCCAUAACACAUUUGCGUGUAUUAUUCUGUGAUUAUAUGAAUGUUGAUGCAUUGGAAUGGAUUUCUUUAAAUAAUAGCCGCACUUUGAAAAGUAUACAAUGGAUUGAUUCCGCCUGCAAACAUUCCGAUAAAAAUAUUAUGGACUUAUUUUUACGCUCCGGACAAGAUCCCUUUAUAAUGAUGUCUUGGCGUUGCAAGAAUUUAGAAGAAAUUGUCAUACACGGUUAUGUUUUGGAUCCCCAUAACAUUGUUGGCAUUUCUCGUUUACGUGGCCGUACCUUAAAACAUUUAGAGGUAUCAAUGAUUGAUAAUGCUCCCACUGAAGCCAACAUCGAUUCCUUUAUAGAAGAAAUCAAUACUUUGUUGGGCCAAAAAUGGGAACCUUCAAAUCUCAAUAAUAUGCAUCCAGCACUCGGCUAUAUGCCCGUAGCAGAUGAUGUACGUGAUGAAUAUGUCUUCGAUCUCAUACGACGUGAUAUUUCCAAUUAAAACUGGAAACAAAUAUAAAAAAACUCAAAAUCCAUAAACAAAUUUUACACUUUUUAAGGAAAAUUUGUUAAAUCAAACUUUUUUUGAUUAAGCGCAGUACACACACACACACAAAAGCAAAAAACAACAACAACUACAGCAACUAACAUUAAAUUAACUUUGCAAUAUUUUUUAAUUAUUAAGUGAAAAUCCCCUUAAAAAAGCAAAAAAAAAACAUCACUUCAAACUUAAACAACAAAACACACAAACUAAAUAAACUAAAAGUCAUGCCAAGUAAAUCAAAUCAACAACAACAACCAACGAUUUUUUGUCAUCAUCAUCAUUUAAUUCAUCAUAUUAAAUUAAGCAGCGGGAUUUGCAGCAGCCGUCAUUAUACUACAUUACAAUGAUGUUGGGUAAAUAUGUAUGUUUAAAU